AUGUUUAUCUAUCUUAGUAAGAAGAUUGCCAUUCCCAACAACAUACGUUUGAAGUGUGUGUCUUGGAACAAAGACCAGGGCUUCAUAGCCUGCGGUGGGGAUGAUGGCCUUCUCAAAGUGCUGAAGCUGGAGACCCAGACAGAUGAUGCAAAACUCAAAGGCCUCGCAGCACCCAGCAACUUAUCUAUGAAUCAGACACUUGAAGGACACAGUGGUGCAGUACAAGUUGUGACAUGGAAUGAACAGUACCAGAAGCUGACAACCAGUGACCAGAAUGGCCUUAUCAUUGUCUGGAUGCUCUACAAGGGCUCCUGGUAUGAGGAGAUGAUCAAUAACAGGAAUAAAUCAGUGGUGAGAAGCAUGAGCUGGAACGCUGAUGGCCAGAAGAUUUGUAUUGUGUACGAAGAUGGGGCAGUAAUUGUUGGCUCAGUGGAUGGUAAUAGAAUAUGGGGGAAAGAGCUGAAGGGGAUCCAGUUGGCUCAUGUGGCCUGGUCACCUGACAGCAAGAUCCUGCUCUUUGGCAUGGCCAAUGGAGAGAUCCACAUCUAUGACAACCAGGGGAAUUUCAUUAUGAAGAUGACUCUGAGCUGUCUGAUGAAUGUUACUGGGGCCAUCAGCAUCGCGGGCAUACACUGGUACCCGGGCACAGAGGGUUACAUCGAGCCUGACUGUCCCUGCCUGGCCAUCUGCUUUGACAAUGGCAGGUGUCAGGUCAUGCGCUAUGAGAAUGAUGAAAACCCAGUGUUGAUUGACACGCAGAUGAACGUGGCCAGUAUCCAGUGGAACCACUGCGGGAGUGUGUUGGCUGUGGCCGGCUCACAGAGAGCUGUGUCACUGGACAAAGAGGUCAAUGUGGUGCAUUUUUACACUCCUUUUGGAGAGCAUUUGCGCACUCUGAAAGUUCCUGGUAAGCAGAUGACAGCAGUGUCCUGGGAAGGUGGAGGACUACGGAUAGGCCUGGCUGUCGACUCUUUCAUUUACUUUGCAAACAUUAGGCCAGAUUACAAGUGGGGUUACUGUUCCAAUACUGUUGUGUAUGCAUACACACGACCCGACCGUUUGGAGUACAGUGUGGUGUUUUGGGGUACAAAGAACAAUGAGAAGUUUGUGAAGUACGUCAAGAGCCUCAUGUCCAUCACAACCUGUGGGGACUUUUGUAUCUUGGCAACGAAAGCUGAUGAUUCCCAUCCACCGGAGGAAUCAGAGCAAGAGGCAGGAACUGCCACGUAUGUGCUGGUGCUGUGUAACUCCAUUGGGACUCCAUUGGAUUCUAAAUACAUAGACAUUGAUCCUCUCUUUGUAACCAUGACGAAGACACACGUAAUAGCUGCGUCAAAGGAGGCCUUCUACAUAUGGCAGUACCGUGUCGCCAAGAAACUCACUGCCCUAGAGAUCAACCAGGUGGCUAAGACAAGAAAGGAGGGUCGCGAGAGGGUCUAUCACAUUGACGACAGCCCGAGUGGAACUACAGAUGGCACGCUGGAUUUCUCCAAAGCCUUCACAGCGACAAGGGACCCCAUUUGCUGCGUUACAGCGACAGACAAGACGUUAAUAGUGGGCCGGGAAUCUGGUGUCAUUCAGAGAUACAGCCUGCCUAAUGUGGGUUUGCUACAGAAAUACACACUGAACUGCAGGGCCUAUCAACUUUCUCUCAACUGCAACUCAAGUCGUCUGGCUAUAAUUGACAUAACGGGCAUGCUGACAUUUUUGGACCUGGACACACGAGGUUCCUUGGCUGACGGUGCUGGGGGAGAGCAGGGUGGUGCUACAGGUGACCCAUCCAAAUUUGAGCGCAAGGAUGUGUGGGACAUGAAGUGGGCCAAUGAUAACCCAGACUUGUUUGCCAUGAUGGAGAAAACCAGAAUGUACGUCUUCAGGAACCUAGAUCCCGAGGAGCCAAUUCAGACAUCUGGAUAUAUAUGUAACUUUGAGGACCUUGAGAUCAAAUCUGUCCUUCUGGAUGAAAUUAUGAAGGAUCCGGAACGGCCAAACAAAGAUUACCUCAUCAACUUUGAGAUCCGCUCCCUGAGAGAUAGCCGAGCGUUGAUUGAGAAAGUGGGGAUAGAUGAUGCCUCCCAGUUUAUUGAAGACAACCCUCACCCUAGACUCUGGCGUUUGCUGGCAGAAGCAGCCCUUGAGAAGCUAGACCUGAAGACAGCCGAACAGGCUUUCGUGCGCUGUAAAGAUUACCAGGGCAUUGAGUUUGUCAAACGUCUGGGUAACUUGCAGAGCGAGGCCAUGAAGCAGGCCGAGGUGGCAGCCUACUUCGGCAGGUUUGAGGAGGCCGAGAGGAUGUACCUGGACAUGGACCGCAGGAACCUUGCCAUCAGUCUGAGGAUAAAGCUGGGUGACUGGUUCAGGGUGCUGCACCUGCUGAAGACGGGCUCUGGGGACUCAGACGAUGCUCUGCUGGAACAGGCCUACAAUGCCAUUGGAGACUACUUCGCCGACAGACAGAAGUGGGUGAACGCGGUGCAGUACUACCUACAGGGCCGUAACCAGGAGAGACUGGCUGAAUGCUACUAUAUGCUAGAGGACUACGAUGGACUGGAGAGGCUGGCAAACACUCUCCCAGACAACCAUAAACUUCUACCUGACAUUGGUCAGAUGUUUGUGACUGUGGGCAUGUGUGAUCAGGCAGUGAGUGCCUAUUUGAAGUGUAACCAACCCAAGACAGCAGUGGAUGCCUGUGUGCACCUGAACCAGUGGAACAAAGCGGUGGAGCUGGCUAAAAAUCACAAUAUGAAAGAGAUCGGACCCCUCCUGUCCAAAUACGCCUCUCACCUCUUAGAGAAGAACAAGACCUUGGAGGCUGUGGAACUCUACAGGAAGGCGCACCAUUUCCUGGAUGCAGCUAAACUCAUGUUUAAGAUCGCAGAUGAGGAGGCUAAAAAGAGAACCAGGCCCCUGAGGGUGAAGAAGCUCUAUGUUCUGGCCGCUCUCUUGAUGGAAAACUACCACACGCAGAAGAAGACCUCUCAGCAGAGCAAAGUCAAAGGCAAAAAAUCAGAGGCUACAUCAGCGCUGGCAGAGCUUCUGGAGGAGGACGCCACCUCGUUAGAUAACCGUAUCAUAGAUAAUGCUUGGCGUGGAGCUGAGGCCUACCAUUUCUUCCUUCUGGCUCAGAGGCAGCUCUAUGACGGCAACGUGGACGCUGCCAUGAAGACAGCCCUGCACCUGCGAGACUACGAGGACAUCAUCCCAGCGGUGGAGAUAUACUCUCUGUUAGCCAUCUGCUCCUCGGCCAACCAGGCCUUUGGUACCUGCUCACGGGCCUUUAUCAAGCUGGAAUCCCUGGACAGCCUGAGCGCUGAGCAGAGACAGCUGUACGAGGACCUGGCCCUGGAAAUCUUUACCAAACACAGCCCAAAAGACACCCGCAAGUCCCAGCUGGACAGCGUCACUGAUGGUUUGGAGGGGAAACAGCCAACCUGCAUUGUAACAGGUCGAACCAUCUCUGAGUACCAGUCCUGGAUCUGCAGCGUCUGUAAACACAGCGCCCUCGAACAGGAAAUCUGUAACCACAACUUCUGCCCACUCUGCCACAGCUCUCUGGGAUGA